CUUCAAUCCGUGAAUUUCGUGUAGAGCGACUCGACAUCGAAAAUGGGUCUCGCAGCGCCGAAGAACCGGAGCAAAAUCUCUAAUGACCCUCAAAACACCAACUGGGCGAACAACACAACGGGGUUCGGCCACCGUAUCCUAGCCGCGCAGGGCUGGCAACAGGGUGACUCUCUGGGGGCAAAAGACGCUUCACAUGCUGCCCACUACACCGUCGCCUCGCAGUCGCAUAUUCGAGUCUUUCUAAAGGACGAUAACCUGGGCUUGGGUGCGAAGCGCGGCAGCGAACGCGCCGAGAACUUUGGUCUUGCAGGGUUAGAAAGCAUAUUGGGGCGUCUAAAUGGCAAAGAAGCAGAGGUCAAGAAAGAAGAGGAGCGGCGCGAGGAGAUUGAGAAGAGGGCGUUUGUGUACCGCAAGUAUGGAAUGAUGAACUUUAUUAGCGGAGGUUUCUUGGUAGGCGACAAGAUUACAAAAAAGUCCGACAUCAAGAAGGAGCCAGAGAUCAAAACCGAAAUCAAGUCUGAGCCCGAAAGCGACGAUGGAAAGGUGGACAAGUCGACCAAGAAGCGGAAACGAGAGGAGCGGACUGCAGAGGAGCCAACACUAAAGCGCAAGAAGAAGAGUAUGGAUCUACGAGAGGAGGGCAGGAAAGAGGUUGACAGCGCGCCGUCCAAGGCUAAGAAGGAGAAGAAGGAAAAAAAGGAAAAGAAAGAGAAGAAGUCUAAGAAGACGAAAAGAUCGGCCUCCUCCUCGGUCGAACCAGGGACCUCGGAUCCUCCCACACCCUCGUCCGACCCAGAACCGCUCACAGACAAGGCCAAACGGAAAGCGGAGAAGAGGGUGCGCAAGGAGGAGAAGAAGCUUAAGAAGGCUCUCAAAAAGGCUGCUAAGCGGGCUGCGAAGUCGAAAGGAGAUGCCGAAGACAGCAGCUCUGAAAGCGAGGAAGAAGAGAAUACGCCGAAUGCUUCCACGCCAUCGUCCGCACCCGCGACUGGUACCUCUACACCUAUGCUCACGUCGGCCGGCUUAACAUUUAGCGGUGCCAACGCAAGGGGAAUGCAUGCGGUGAGGCAGAGACACAUCCGCCAGAAGAAGGCUGCUACUAUGAGUGCACAGGCGAUGAGAGAGAUUUUCAUGAUCAAGACUCCAUCAUAACAUUGGCAUUGAAUCCAGAUCAUCGUGUCUGCAUAGCGAGGCGUUUGGGAUAUGCGCAUACAGAUGACCGUGUCGUUAAGGCGGCUUAAUUGUACCCAUCAUCAAAUAGACUUGUAGAAUGGACCAGGUUUCAUCCAAAC